AAGUUAUUAAGCCAAAAACCGCCAAACGCGUCGGACGAGUGUGCUGUGUGCUCUGCUGGAUGCUGGCGCUCUUUUCGCGCACCGUUUUUUCGAGUAAACAAACACACACGAAAAAGAAUUGUUAACACGAUUUUGUCAGUUCUAUUGUGCGGAAAUCGAGCCAUUAAGCGAAGUGCUGAAAUAGUCAAUUUACAAUUGGAGCCGCCGAGAAGUCUAUAUAUAAAAUAUAAACAUUUUAGUACAUUUCCCUGGUGAAAAUGGCGGCAAAAAUCUCAGAAAAGGAAUAAAUCGUUGCAAAUUGCUAAAAAUAAACAAAAGAAAACCAACAAUAACUCAAGCUUAAAGGUGGAAACCAAAACAAAGACGAUUUUAAGGCCCAGUCGAACGUGGAAUUGUCUUGACCCACAGAGGCGCCCCACGCAAAAGAGAGAGAUAUAGAGCUUUAGAACGAGAGGGAGCGACAUACGAUGCGUGUGGUUGGGUGGUUCGGUGGUGGCUUAAUGCUCGCCCUGGCCGUAAUGUUAACGCAGGCACGUUUCAUUGCGAAAAGAGAAACCCCUGGCUUGGAGCAGGCGGUGGCUUCCACAUCCACUGACCCUGACAUUCUUCCGGCGGCCAGCGAAAGUGGGAGCGACAGGGAACCAGUGAAAAUGAAGGCAGAAUCAGAUACGAUUGACUCACAAAGCAUACUUGAAGAUAGGGGAGUUAUUAAGGCUGAGAGUCAAAAUGAAACUGAGAUCCUAAAUGAUAGUCUAAAAGAGAAUCUCAACCUCAAGAAAACAACAGAGGGUUUGGUUCAAAAUGAGUCCAACAGCACCACCGAGGGAGUUUUGGAGGAAGAUCAACUUAAGCCAAAGGAAGGAGAAGCUCAGUUGGAGGAAAAAACUGAACCGGUUGCCAGUAAAGAACUGGAGAAUAAGGUAACCCCUGCAGAUUCGGUGGUAACUGCCUCUCAGCUGGAUAAAAACUCAACCAAUCUGGCGGCUAAUCAACCUACAGAAGCUCCUGUAAGGGAACUAACUACUGUGAAACAGGUCUUAAGCUCAACCACAGAAAAUACUCCGCUUAGUGAAAAAAUGGAGCAACAGGAUGUUGCAAUAAAGGAUGCCCUUUCAAAAGAAGAACCACAAGUUGAAUCUGAAAUAAAGGAGAAACCUUCUGAAUCUUCGGAAAGUACCAACAGCACGGCGGAGGAACUCCCCAUGAAACAUGUAACUCUGGGAGUUUCCAGCACCACUGAGAGAUUGGUUAAUAUCACAUCCACCACUCGUUCCUCCGAUCAUGGUCGAUCUAUGCAGUAUUCAUCCACCACUGCAGGUUCCAUCCGAUUCCCCGAUUAUCCAGUUACGCCCAUGAAACUGAGGCCCAUACCUCUUGGCCUAAGCACAACUGCACCUCCUAGCACUACGUCUAGCACACCUUCCAGCACACCUUCCAGCACCACUUCAACCACCACUCCCAAGACAACCACACCCACAUCCUUCGCUUCCCAUGAGAAUGCCAUUGAGGAGUCCACCUCGCAGUCGGAGGUCCAUCAACUGCCCGAGAAGCGAGCCAAGUUCAUCAGCGAAAACUCCACAAAUGCCCAGCAACUUACCCUGCCCAACACCGCUGAAGUCUGGAGUCUGGCGGGUAUGAAGGCGGUACCCAAAACACCUCUAACGACCACAACCAUCUUGCCACUUUUCAACCACACUGACUUGGCAAACGACAUAGACAUGCCGCUGAAUAAAACCGAGCAGCACAAGGAGAAGAAUCUCUUGGAUUGGAUGCACAUUGCCAUGAUGCCAUCGACGCCAGAGAAUCGCACUGAAUUUGUGGUGCGGACCACUCUGGAUGCCACCGAGAGUGCAACGCAGGCCACCACAGAAGCUUUAGAUGAAAAAGGUCCUCUACAAAGUAGUAUAACAGCAGGAUUAGAGCAAAAUAAUGUCACAACAGCCAGGCCAAUGCCAGUAACUACUGAGGAAAGUUCUACAGAUCACAAUUCAACAACCACAACUCUUCGUACGGAAGUUCUAGAGGUUCCUGCGGUGAAAAAGCUGGGCGAUACAGGCAAUGCCAAAUUAACAGAGGCUUCUACAGAGGCUCAAACAGAUACUGCAACAUUUGUGGCAUCAACAGAGCAACCUGCAACAUCGCCUGCAACAGCGAGGGUGGAUUUAACAAAAACGGAACUGCUGAAUGCAGCAACAGUAAUAGAAUCAGCUGAAAAGUCCCAGCAAAAUUCAACAGAAACAUUAUCAACAACAAGCAGUACAACCACCACAACAGAAGAGCCUUUAUCUGUGGAAUAUGUAUCGCCUGAAGUAGUAUUAAAUGAAGCUAAAUCAGAGGAAACAACAGCAGCAACACCCAAAGCAAGCACAGAGGCAUCAGCAACAUCAUCUACAUCAACAGCAGCAACUACGAGUGCAGAAGCAGCAGCAACAUCUGAGGGUACAACAGCAACACCAGCACCUGCAACGCCACCGGCAACAUCUAGUGUUGCAGCCACCCCCAGCCACAGUACCACUGAAAUGGCAACGAAAGCCUCUGAAAUCGGCAACAUCAGCAGCAACAACGACGACGACGAUAACAGUAACGACGUCAUCGUUGCCACAACCAAAAAGCCAGAGAGCGAGCCGCCAGCAACAGCAAUCGUAGAGCCAACAGCAACAUCGGUUAGUGUGCGACUGACUGGCGAGGUGAGCACUUCGCAACGGCCUGAAAUCAACGUAACAAGUGCCCAAAACAGCACAAGUACAUCCACAACAACUGUAGCAACACCCACGCAAACGGAAAUUGCGCAAAUUAGCAAUGAAGUGAAUUUGGAGGCAGUGACAGUGAAGACGACGGACGACAGUCCGAGUGCAAGUGUGAAUGCGAAUGUGAAUGCGAAUGGGCCAAGAACAGCUGAGAAAACCGAUAACGCAGUCAAUAACAGUGUGGCCAUAACAGAGAGCGAGCUGGAGACGUUGAAAAGCACCCCGGCGACAGGGGAGCCCAAUCCAUUCAGCGACCUGAGUGAACUCAGCAAAGCGCACGAAUCCUCGCUGGAAACCAACAAUAUAGGCGAGGCCCCGUCGCCAGCAAGCGAAACAACAACGCCAUCAGCAACAGCAGGUGUUGCUGUUGCAACGGAUGAGAGCACAGCGGCAACAGGUGGCCGGGACAUCGAAAGGGAGAGUGAGCACCACCAUGAGGGGCAACAGGUGGUCGAUGGGCAGGACACCGAGCAGCAGCUAGCCAAGACAACGAUGGCAGUGACAACGACAACACCUAGUACCACAACGCCCACAACGCCCACAACAACAUCAACAACGACAACCAGUACAACAAGCACCACAACUGAAAGGCCCUUGACCACUACAACAAUGCAACCGGUGGUGAUAAGUCUGCUGGACGACAGCACCUCCUCCAGCAGCACAACAACCACCACCACCACAGCUGCACCCCCACCUUCGAGCACAGAGGAGUACACUGAGUCCUCCACGGGGGCUAACACCACGAGCAGCAACAUCAUGCUGCCGGAGAGCACCACCACCCCCCAGCCACCCACCUUCAUGGCCCCCUAUCCCAACGAACUGGACCACAUGCAGACCAAUGCCCAGGGCAAUGGCACCGACGUCAACGUGAUCAUAGCCAUCACAGUCAGCGUGAUCGGCGUGGUGGCCCUCAUCCUCUUGGUGGCCUUCCUCUACCUGAUGCGCAAGCGCCAGAAGCAAAUGUCCUAUGGCCAGAGGUGUCGACCGGUGAGCCUGGAUGCCUACUCCCUGGACAAUGUCUCCGUGCUGGGCAGUGUGCGGCGCAAGGGACGCGAUCUGAGGGCCUCCAAGAGGACCUACGGCAAUGCGGCCUUCGAUGAUCCCUCGCUGAGGCAUAAUCUGCUAACUGCUGGUGAGCUGGCCCGCUUUGUGGAGCGGCGAUCCGAUGUCUUCGAGGAGUUCCGGGACGUGCCGCAGAUCAUCGCCCGGGCGGAUGAGGUUCCUCCGGGCUGUGAAGAUAAGAACCGCUACGCCAACGUGAUUCCGCUUCCUGAGACGCGGGUGGUGCUCCAGCGGCAGGGCGACGAUGACAAAACGGAAUACAUUAAUGCCAAUUAUGUGCGGGGCCCUCGAGACGCGCCCAACUACUACAUAGCCUGCCAGGCGCCGCUGGAGAGCACUACCAGCGAUUUCUGGCGCAUGAUCUGGGAGCAGCAGUCGCGGGUCAUCAUCCAGGCGACGGAUCUCAGCGAGAACGGCAUCGAGAAGUGCGCGGAGUACCUGCCACCCUCCGCAACGCUGGACAACCACAGCAGCUAUGGCGACUACCAGGUGACCCUGAAGCACCGCGAGGUUAAGGACCGCUACGCCAUCUCCACGCUGGUACUCAAGCGAGUGGAUGGCGAGGAGAGCCGCGAGCUCACCCACUACUGGUACAAAUGGCCAGAGACGGGCGUGCCCGCCGAGGAGGCGCCCAUCAUUGCCAUGCUGCUGGAGGCGCGCUCAUCCCUCAAGUCCUACUGCCUGGAGCAGGCCAACGAGCUGCGCGAGAAGUCGGCCACCCUGGAGACCUCCAUGGAUGCGGACGCCAGCAAGGCCGAGGCGGGCAGCACGUCCAGCCAGGAGAUUAAUGGAAAUGUUUCAAGUAGGAGCGGUGCUCGAAACCAGCAGGGACCGCUAACCGUUCACUGUUCUCCAGGCACGGGACGCACCGGAACCAUCAUCGCCUCGGACAUGGCCAUCCGCAGCCUGGAGACGCCCAAGCGGUCCGUGGACAUCCCGCAGCUGGUGUACUAUGUGCGCCGAGGUCGGGCCAGCGCGGUGCAGACCAAGGAGCAGUAUGAAUUUAUCUACAAGGUGGCCAGCAUGUAUGCGGCCAAGAUCACCAAUCUGUCCAACGACAACUAAAGAUGGAAACCGAAUUUUCGAUUGCUUGAUUGAGUUCACCCUUCCAGCACUGAUCCGCGGGACCCUCAGUAACAAUAGUAGCUAUGUUUUAUACGAAAUAUUAGUGUAAAUUAGUAUUACGCUUGAAUGUUGGCACCUGAUUAAGCGUCGUUGUAGUCGGGCUUUAAAUAUCAUUUAAAAUGUAUGUAUUCCUUUAUUAUUGUGAUAUAAUCGUACAUUCGUAUAUCUCCUGAUAAUCUGUUGCAUAUUUAUAAUGUCAAUUUUUGUUUUUUGCACUGUCGCGUUUGCGUUCCGGGGCCAUAGAAUCCGGAACAAACGAGAAAUAUUAUUUGGAGCUCUCCGUAUUGUAUUUUAAGCAAGUCAAACACGUAAUCAAACUAUGUAUGUAUCUAUUUUAAACGAGCUUUAAUGUACGUAAGUUAUUUGUAAGCAAACAUCAAGCUGUACUGUACUCAUAUUAUUGUGAAUUACAAGAAAAAAUAUGUUCAGCAA